UACUUUCGUCCAUUUAAUUAAAGCAUAAGUUCUGUUAAUUUAAAACUACAUUUGUUUUUAUAUAAUUGUUAUGAGACGUGAAUGUCAUUAAGACAAUGACGACAAUAGAUCCAGCGGUCGCUUGUAUUAAAUAUCUUCUCUUUGCCAUCAAUUUCAUUGUUUGGACAUUGGGAGCCAUUCUGUUAGGGAUUGCCAUUUGGGUUCGAGGAGAUGGAGGUCUUUGGGAAUAUACCGACAAUUUGGAUAUUGAAAGAUAUUAUUUCGCGUGUUAUAUAUGCAUGACUGCGGGCGCUCUCAUAUUGAUCAUCGGAUUCCUGGGUUGUCUCGGGGCCGCUAUGGAGAGCCCCUGUAUGUUACUGGCCUACUUUAUUUUGACUGGAAUUGUGGUCGUCCUUCAAAUCGCGGCCACUGUCCUCGUCUGGAAGAUCGCCGGCGGAGACCGACUGCAAAGCGUGUUAUCACGAGAUAUCAAAUGGCAUAUCGAUCACAGACCCACUGAUGACCGUUCCCGUCGUUUCUUAGACCUCAUCCAAUUGAAGCUGGACUGUUGCGGAGCGGAAACAUUCCUCGACUACGAGAAGGUUCAACAGGAUAUACCCGCCUCUUGUAAUAGUGAGCGCACGAACAACAUUCAGAUACGGAGUUGCGGCGAAAUGUUGCGUCGAUUCUUGGAGGUGAGGGGCGGAGCGAUUGGUGGCAUUUGUGUGGCGCUGAUUCUGGUUGAGGUCGGAUCCAUAAUCUUCACGAUGUGUUUGUUCUUCGCUAUGAGACAGGAGUCGAAACCACACCUAAACAGCUAUUAAAUGUUUUGAGUGUUUUAUGCAUUUUUUGCUUGUAUUAGAGGAUUACAAAACGUGUAAUUCAAAUGUAAAACUCUAUUUAUAUAUCAUUUGAGAAACAAAUUUUUCAUUUAUUUUUUAAUUUUUCUCUUUUUAAUCUAACACUUUGUUUGUUUUGUGCGAAACAAUUUGAGAAACAUUUUUACCUAUAUAUACAGUAUUCAGUGUAUCAAUGAUUGCAAACAAAAAUAUUCUUGUAUUCAAAUAGUUUUGAAUUUAAAUAAAGUCCACAUUUUUGCCAUUUAUAAUGAAUUAACA